AUGAAAUUGGACGGUUUUUGCAGUGCUACCUCUUCUCUUAAAACCGACGCCUCUUACUUUAGAAACACGCCUUACCCUGUUGAUCAGCAGCCGACACACCCUUUAUACACAAGAAACAUGAAUAAUCCUUCUUUUACCCAGAACUAUAAUAUCUACCCAGACGCAGAAAUCAUCAAUCCAGAUGUUAAUGCUAUGCUUGACGACUGGCUCACCACAGACCUAGCUCAGUCUGGCUUCCUUCACAGUCCAAAACCCAGCCCUGAAAUAGGAUCUCUAAACAUGUAUCUUGGCCCACCUUCUGUCCAACAAGACAUCAUCAACAACAACAAUACUGAUCAUGGCACAAACCAGACCCCAAAGAAAGAAUAUGAUUAUGAAAUGGAUAUCUCGAGUGUAUCUUCACCUCAACAAACAUCAUUACUAUCAUAUCCAGCAGAACCUUCCAACCUCACCACGAUCACAACCACAACCACAACCACCCAUACAAACCCACAUACACAUACGAAUCCACACACGCCCACACAUACGCCCACAACCACAACCACCUCUACAGUUGCCCCAUCCCAGUUUUUCACUCUAAAGUUUGUUUCCCCACAACCCUACCAAGGUGUUGUUGAGUUUGACCAGCGGCCUGACAAUAGAACCCGAUCAGUGCCAGCCAUGUUCAUCCCUCAGCAAGAAAUAGCUGAACCCAGUCGACCGAGCACACUUUCGAUCGUUCCCUCCCAUACCAUCAGUGCCUCAACCCCUGCCUUCUCAGCUAACCCUCGGUCUAGGAAACAGACCACGUCUUCCGACUCUGUUGAUGACGAAGGCAGUGUUGUGGAUGAUGUGGCAGCCAAGCGACAAAAGAACACUGAUGCUGCUCGGCGUUCGAGACUAAAGAAAGUGAUGAAGAUGGAAAGUCUAGAAAAGCAUGUUGCCGAACUAGAGCAAAAGAACUCUACUCUCAUGUUGCGUGUUGCUGUCCUUGACACCGAAAAAGCCAAUCUCUUGGCAAAAGAAGUAGCCUUUCAAAAUAGAAUCACUACCCUUGAAGCACAAUUGGCAGAAGCCCACAGAAUAUUGGCCUCUCGACCUUGA